CCCCUAGCCAGCGCGCAGACCGCCCGUCCCUCAGUUUGCUGGGGGAGGGUCGGGCGACAUCUCCCGGGGCCCCGGGGCUCUGCGGAGAGGAGAAGAGGUUCCAGCAAGGAAUGGUCCAUCUAGGUUCAAGAAACCCCAGCUCGGCGCCAGGUCCUGGAGUGUAGAUCUCGAGAGGGGUGGGUGGGGGAACAAGAGGGAGCGAUCCAGAGAGCGCCAGAGAGAGGCAGCGCGGCGCGCACCGACGAAGGGCUGCUGGGUGCCGCGCGAGGAAGAUGUAAGCGCGUGGGGUCUCGCUGGCCUCCGAGCACCAUGCAGAAAGGGAUCCGGCUGAACGAUGGCCACGUCGCGUCCCUGGGACUGCUGGCGCGCAAGGACGGCACGCGCAAAGGCUACCUGAGCAAGCGGAGUUCGGACAACACAAAAUGGCAAACCAAGUGGUUCGCGCUGCUGCAGAAUCUGCUCUUCUACUUCGAAAGCGACUCAAGCUCUCGGCCCUCGGGGCUCUACCUGCUGGAGGGCUGUGUCUGCGACCGCGCGCCCUCCCCCAAGCCCGGGGUCUCUGCUAAGGAGCCGGUGGAGAAACAGCAUUACUUCACAGUGAACUUCACCCAUGAGAACCAGAAGGCACUGGAGCUGAGGACUGAGGAUGCGAAGGACUGUGACGAGUGGGUGGCAGCCAUUGCUCAUGCCAGCUACAGGACACUGGCCACGGAGCACGAGGCGCUCAUGCAGAAGUACCUGCACCUGCUGCAGAUAGUAGAGACAGAGAAGACGGUGGCCAAGCAGCUGCGACAGCAGAUCGAGGACGGCGAGAUCGAGAUCGAGCGACUGAAGGCAGAGAUUGCAUCCCUGCUCAAGGACAAUGAACGCAUCCAGUCCACCCAGAUUGUCACCCCCAAUGAUGAGGACAGUGACAUCAAGAAAAUUAAGAAGGUACAGAGCUUCCUUCGGGGCUGGCUGUGCCGGCGGAAGUGGAAGACCGUCAUCCAGGACUACAUCCGGUCUCCCCAUGCUGACAGCAUGCGCAAGAGGAACCAGGUGGUGUUCAGCAUGCUGGAGGCCGAGGCCGAGUACGUGCAGCAACUGCACAUCCUUGUCAAUAAUUUUCUGCGCCCAUUGCGCAUGGCUGCCAGCUCCAAGAAGCCUCCCAUCACACACGAUGAUGUCAGCAGCAUCUUCCUGAACAGUGAGACCAUCAUGUUCCUACAUCAGAUCUUCUACCAAGGCCUGAAGGCCCGCAUCUCCAGCUGGCCCACCCUGGUGCUGGCCGACCUGUUCGACAUCCUGCUGCCCAUGCUCAACAUCUACCAGGAGUUCGUCCGCAACCACCAGUACAGCCUCCAGAUCCUAGCUCACUGCAAGCAGAACCGGGACUUUGACAAGCUUCUCAAGCAGUACGAGGCCAAGCCAGACUGUGAGGAGCGCACGCUGGAGACCUUCCUCACCUACCCUAUGUUCCAGAUCCCCAGGUAUAUCCUGACACUCCACGAGCUGCUGGCCCACACACCUCAUGAGCACGUGGAGCGCAACAGCCUGGACUAUGCCAAAUCCAAACUAGAGGAACUGUCCAGGAUCAUGCACGAUGAAGUCAGUGAGACAGAGAACAUCCGGAAAAACCUGGCCAUCGAGCGCAUGAUCAUCGAGGGCUGUGAGAUCCUCCUUGAUACCAGCCAGACCUUUGUGCGACAAGGUUCCCUCAUCCAGGUGCCCAUGUCAGAAAAGGGCAAGAUCACCAGGGGGCGCCUGGGAUCUCUGUCCCUUAAGAAAGAGGGUGAACGGCAAUGCUUCCUGUUCUCCAAGCACCUCAUCAUCUGCACCAGAGGCUCCGGAGGGAAACUGCACCUGACCAAGAAUGGAGUCAUAUCCCUCAUCGAUUGCACCUUAAUGGAGGAACCGGAAAACACAGAGGAGGAAGCCAAAGGAACUGCCCAGGACAUAGACCACUUGGAUUUUAAGAUCGGGGUGGAGCCAAAGGAGUCCCCACCCUUCACGGUCAUCCUGGUGGCCUCAUCCAGGCAAGAGAAGGCAGCGUGGACCAGUGACAUCAGCCAGUGUGUGGACAAUAUCCGGUGCAAUGGACUCAUGAUGAAUGCCUUUGAAGAAAAUUCCAAGGUCACUGUGCCACAGAUGAUCAAGUCCGAUGCCUCCUUAUAUUGUGAUGAUGUUGACAUUCGCUUCAGCAAAACCAUGAAUUCUUGCAAAGUGCUGCAGAUCCGGUACGCCAGUGUGGAGCGGCUGCUGGAGCGGCUGACAGACCUUCGCUUCCUGAGUAUCGACUUCCUCAACACCUUCCUGCACUCCUACCGUGUCUUCACCACAGCCGUGGUGGUCCUAGACAAGCUCAUCACCAUCUACAAGAAACCCAUCAGUGCCAUCCCCGCCAGGUCACUGGAGCUCCUGUUUGCCAGCGGCCAGAACAAUAAGCUUCUGUACGGAGAGCCCCCCAAGUCACCUCGUGCCACCCGCAAGUUCUCCUCACCACCACCCUUGUCCAUCAAUACAUCGUCUCCAAGCCGCAGGCGGAAGCUGUCCCUCAACAUCCCCAUCAUCACAGGCGGCAAGGCGCUGGACCUGGCUGCAUUCAGCUGCAGCUCCAAUGGCUUCACCAGCAUGCACUCACCCAUGUCUCCCUUCAGCAAGUCCACACUGGACACCAGCAAGCUCUGUGUGACCAGCAGUUUCACCAAGAAGACUCCAGAUGAGACCGAUACGACUACAACCACAACUACAAUGACGACCACAACCACCACCACGACCCCGACCCCAACUCCAACCCAGACCCCAACCCAGACCCCCACCCUGACCUCAAACCCAGCCUCAACCCCAACCUGGACCCCAACCCAGACCCCAACCCAGACCCCAAUCCGGACCCCAGCCCAGACCCCAACCCAGACCCCAAUCCGGACCCCAGCCCAGACCCCAACCCAGACCCCAAUCCGGACCCCAGCCCAGACCCCAACCCAGACCCCAAUCCGGACCCCAGCCCAGACCCCAACCCAGACCCCAAUCCGGACCCCAACCCAGACCCCAACCCAGACUCCAAUCCGGACCCCAACCCAGACCCCAAUCCGGACCCCAGCCCAGACCCCAACCCAGACCCCAAUCCGGACACCAGCCCAGACCCCAACCCAGACCCCAACCCGGACCCCAACCCCAACCUGGACCCCAACCCAGCCCCUAACCCCAGCCCCAACCCCACCCCAGACGCCAACCCAGACCCCAACCCCAGUUCUAACUCCAACUGCAACUCCAGAGAAGCCUGAGGAGCCCUCAGCCCUUAGCAAGCAGAGCUCUGAAGUCUCUGUGAAAGAAGACUCUGAUGCUGACCAGAACCAGAGUGAUGACUGUGACACUGAGGCAUCACCUACCAAAUCUCCAUCAACACCAGCAUCAGUCAAAAGCAAAAACUCUUCAGAGUUCCCACUUUUUAACUACAACAAUGGAGUCGUGAUGACCUCAUGUCGUGAACUAGACAAUACCCGCAGUGCCCUCUCGGCCUCCUCUGCCUUUGCCAUAGCUACCGCGGGAGCCAACGAGAGCACCCCAAAGAAGGAGAAGUUUCAAUAUCGCAGGAUGUCCUUGGCCACCACAGGCCCUGCCAGUGCUAUCCUGCCAUCCUGGAGUCCCAUCCUCCCUCCCCAGUCCCCUUUGGUCCUUGGCCAAAUUCUACUCCAGGCAAAGAACGCCAACAGAGAGAGCCCUCGGCACCCACUUCCACAGCAACGGUUCCACACCAAAGCACUGCCAGGAUUUCCCCCUGACCAGAGAAAUGGUGACAAGGAGUUUGUGAUCCGCAGAGCGGCCACCAAUCGAGUGCUGAAUGUGCUCCGCCACUGGGUUUCCAAGCACUCUCAGGACUUCGAAACCAACAGUAAGCUCAAAAGCAAGGUCAUCAGUUUCCUGGAAGAGGUCAUGCAUGACCCAGAGCUUCUGACACAGGAGCGAAAGGCAGCGGCCAACAUCAUCAGGACUCUGACCCAGGAGGACCCAGGCGACAACCAGAUCACACUGGAAGAGAUCGCACAGAUGGCAGAGGGCGUGAAGGCUGAGCCCUUCGAAAACCACUCAGCCCUGGAGAUAGCAGAGCAACUGACGCUGCUGGAUCACCUCGUCUUCAAGAAGAUUCCUUAUGAGGAGUUCUUCGGCCAGGGCUGGAUGAAGGUAGAGAAAAACGAAAGGACGCCAUACAUCAUGAAAACCACCAAGCAUUUCAACGACAUCAGUAACUUGAUUGCUUCAGAAAUUAUCCGAAAUGAGGACAUCAACGCAAGGGUGAGCGCCAUUGAGAAGUGGGUAGCUGUGGCGGACAUAUGCCGCUGCCUACACAACUACAAUGCCGUGCUGGAGAUCACCUCCUCCAUGAACCGCAGUGCGAUCUUCCGGCUCAAAAAGACAUGGCUCAAAGUUUCUAAGCAGACGAAAGCUUUGAUUGACAAGCUCCAAAAGCUUGUGUCGUCAGAGGGCAGAUUUAAGAACCUCAGAGAAGCUCUGAAAAAACAGAUGUUGAACCCAUCUGUGCUGUCCGGCCGUCUCUCCUCCGCCUGGGCUCCCAGGAGCCCCUGUGGACUGUGCUUGUGCGGAGCUGCCCCACUGUGCAUUCACCAACUGUCCGUCUGCCUCUGGGCGCUGCUCCAUCUGCCUCCUUCACACGGCUUCCUCAUCCACCGCAGCCACUACUGCUACCUAACUGUCUCCGUGGCUCCCAUUCUGUCUGAGUCCCUCUCCUGACUGUCUUCCCUUUCAGGUUAUCUGUGUAAGUGCCUCCCCUAGAACCCUCCGCUGCCUGGGACACAGGGCAGAGGGCUUAGGGGGCUUCUGGGAACCAAGAUCUUUAUGUAAGGCAGAUCUGCCCUGUGGAGCUGGAGAACGUACCUUGUCCAGUGAUGCUGGGGAGUCUGUUUCAUCAGAAAAGGGCCAGAAAGCAGAAGAUGAUUGACAACAGUCUUCAGACAGAAAUAAUGACACACCCAGAGAGUCCUGCAGCGGCCCUCCUGUGUGGGUCCUCAGCCCCAUUCAAUCGUCCCUGGAAUCUUUUUCAGCCUGUUGUCGCUGGGCUCUUACUCUGGACUCUCCUCAGCUUCCUGGUCCUAGAGAUCUCCACCAAAAGAUCUCAGGCAGGAUACUCAGUGCAGUGUGGAAGAUAUAUAGAGUUCAUUAUAAAGACACGUGCUCAGAGGGAUGAGAGCGAACCGUGGCCAAAGGGACCAGUGUGGUGACCUACAUGGUUAGGUGGGCUUCACACUCUUUCUAAAGCUCUCUGGAACAGCUUCCUGAAAAGCAUUUUCCUGUCCAAGUGACUGACAACCCCAUUUGGAUUAAGUCUUAAGAAUGGGACAAUGCGGUUAUCUUUGUUCGAGAGCAAUCUUACUAGAUACUUAUCUAUUGAUGACCACUUAGGCAGUUUAGAGUGUCAUUUCUUGAGCUGGGAAUGUAGCUCAGUUGGUAGAGUGAUCACUUUAGCUUUCAAGAGGCACUGAGUUCGAUCCCCAGCACCACAUAAAAUCAGGUGUGAUGGUCAGGACAGCCAAGGCUAUGUAGAGAGACCCACUCCCAAAAAAGCAAAAACAACAGCAAUCAGAUGUGACAGUACACACCUUUAAUCUCAGCACAGGGGAAAUGGAGACAGGAGGAUUAGUUCAAGGUCUAUACCUCACUUUCCUCCAGCAUGGCAGGGGUGUCAAAUGGCCUGAGGAACAAUUCCUCUGCCAUCCCGGCACUGAGCUGAGAGGAAAUUGUAGAGCACUGUCUCAGGAGUCCCCUGAAGCUGCUGAAGGGAGGAGGGAGGAUAAUGGCCACUCACUCCAUCACCAACCCCAUUAAUCCUUCCCCUGCACCCUCCCAAGGUACCAGAAAAGUUGCCAUGGUACAGGCAAGGAGUCCCUGCUCAGAGCCACACAUCAGAGGCCUGGUCCAUCACACCAGGAUCUCAUCUCUUGUAACCAUAGACCCUGGGAAUCACCCACCCUUCCCAGAAGACACUUCCAGGAAGGUGAUCAGAGGACCAGCCAGGGUUUCCUGCUUUGGCCCCUAAACCUAGGUGGCAAGAGGACAGGUCUUGGGGAUGCUACACUGAGUGACUGCUGGAACUUGGGUGUGGGUGGCCCAGCCUUCCUAGAGGUGACCGAACAUAGAGUAACAGUGGAAAACACAGUGAACUGGGAGGAGGCUGGGAAGAGCUGGUGAGCUCCACUGGGCAGACACCAGAGAAGUAAAGAAAGGCAUUUUGGGUCACAGAGGGAAGAAAUACAAGUAAGACCCCCUUCCCCGCAGCCUGUGCGUGAGGGUCCAGGCUGUUCCACACUCUCCCACCCUCCAGCCUGGCUUGCAGUCUAGGCAAGCUUGAAUGUGCCCCAUGUUUCUUCGUAACUAGAAAUCCCUUUGCCUCUAGCCAGGCAGAGUCUGCAUGCAGGGUAUUCUGUUCUUAGCAGAAGUUCCUUUCCUUAAGUGAAAAACUUUUGUGGAUGC